AUUUCAAAUGAAAUUUAGUCUUUUUGCAACAUUCAUAAAGCUAAUUUCUAGAUUUUCGAAAGAAUCAUGUCUGCUAAACUCUCACUAGUUGUUGUUUUGGCACUGUUGUCGAUCGUUUCUGCACGCGUGAUUCGUGAGGCUCCAAAGGAAGAGAAUGUUGCCAGUGAUAUUUUUCAAUCGGUUGAUGAAAAUAUCCAGAAAUUGAAAGACGCUGUCUUUAAGGUCUUCGAAGUGAAAAAUGAAGAAGAACUCAACAACAAAAUAAAGGAACAAGGAAAAGACAUUGCAAAAACAUUUGAUCAGAAGAUCGGCGAAGCUAGGCAACAGUUCAGCGAAUUCCAAGACAGUGAAAAUUUCAAGAAAUUUAAGGCAGAAGCUGAUCGAUUGUUUGGAGAGAUCACAAAAAAUUUUAAAAAUUAACAUUUCUUUAUGACUUAUGUUAUUUAAAAGUCUAAACUUCUAAUAAAAUAAUAAAUUAUUAUUUCAAUCAAAAGGAAUACACUUAUCAAAAAAUCUAGCGUUAGAUCUAGUUUAAAGUAAGCAGUUUUCACUCAAUUAUAAUUAUCUGUAAUAUUUUCUGCUUUGAAUAGCUACUACUCGUACUUGCCUAUUCUGAGUAUCCGCUGUCGGAUCUUAUAAAACAAUAUAUCAGUUAGAGAUUAUUUAA